ACUGAGAAUUACUGUGAUGAAAAAGAAGACGAAGGAGCAGCAGCAGAAGAAGAAUAAAUAAGUAAAAUGGCUGAAGAACAUGGAAGGAAGUGGGACCGAUGCCUAGCUGAUAGUGCAGUAAAGCUAGGGACCGGUCUUGGCGUGGGGAUUGUGUUCUCCGUCCUCUUCUUCAAAAGGCGCACGUGGCCUGUGGUGUUCUGCUCAGGUUUGGGGCUGGGCAUGGGCUACUCUAACUGCCAGCAUGAUUUCAGGUCACCUUACCUGCUGCAUGGCCACAUGGUGAAGGAACAGUAGAAGACUGAUAUAUAAGACUGGGUUGGCAGAUGGACAAGUUGUUGUUGUCCUCAUUAUUUUGCUACUUGAUUUUUUUUUGUCAAAGAACUUUCUCCUGGUCACACAAUGUAAUUACUGUUUAAACUCCCACAGAACAGUUGAUACAAAUAUAUAUACUGAAAUGAAUGAAGAAUGACAGAACUAUCUUGAUUUACUUUGUUAUUGUGCGUGAAUAAUAAAUUAUUUCAGUGCUCA